CAACCAGAAAUGUCGCCUAACCGUGUUUGCCUGCCACUUGGCCUGCCGCUCCUGCUAUUCCUGCUCGGAUGUCUGGUGUCCUCGACCCGGGGCACCUGCAACGUCUGCAACACCGUCAACAACCUGACCUGCUACUCCUCGACCCAGAUGCAGGCCUGCCAGGUGGACGUCGUGUCCACGGCCACGCCCACCGAUUGCCCCAGCGGCUAUGUCUGUGUCAGCGACUCGAGCGGAGUGCUCUGCCAGCCGGAGGACUCGACAUCCGGCAGCCAGGCGGACUGCCAGGAGUGCAACAGGUGCGAUGAGACGCAGACGUUCGCCUGCACCGGAACCCAGAGCUUCGCCCUCUGCCUGGGCACAGAUACCGUCCAGGAUUCGGUGGGCACCUGUGCCUCCGGUUAUGUGUGCAACAUCAACGACACCCAGAUAUGUGGCCUGCCAGCGGAUGGGGUGAUGGCGACCUGCUCGUACGCCGAUGACUCCACCACAACCACGGUGAGCAGCACCACCAGCUCCACCACAGCGGCACCUUCCACCAGCUCGGCAUCCACCUACUGUGCGGCGGUUCAGUCGCAGGGAAAAUAUGCGGUCGGAUAUAACGCGUAUACGACCUGUCGCCAGUACAUCUACUGCACUCUGGUCGACGGAAGCUGGAUUGGCCAGACCUACACCUGUCCGGGAUCCAUGUACUUCGACAGUGCUUCCAACAUGUGUGUGUCCACCAUGCCGUCCACCUGUUCCACCACUGCCCCCACCCCUGCCACGACGACGGCUGCACCCACGACCAGCAAUCCGGCGGCAUAUUGCCAGGCGAUGCAGUCGGCGGGCUACUACCCGGUGGGUACGGAUGCCAGCACCACGUGUCACCAGUACAUCGAAUGCUUUCUGAACGGCGGCACUUGGGGUGGCAAUAUGUACACCUGUCCCGGCAGCCUGUACUACAACAGUGCCAGCAAAACCUGUGUAUCCUCGUUACCAUCCACUUGCUCCACCACAGUGGCCAGUUUGUCCCUCAAGGGAGUGUCUUUGGAAUAA